AUGAGGACAGUUAAGUGUGUCUUAGUGGGCGAUGAAAACGCCGAUAAACGGGAGCUCUUCAUGAAGUAUGUGGAACUGAUGAACGCUGAGGUUGAACCAGCCACAGACGAAAUCGCAUCUAGCGCCUGCGCAGAUCCGCUACACGAGGAAAUAAACGAGACUCUCCGAAAUGGGGAAGUGACUCAGGACCAAGAUUUAAAGAAAAUCGCUGAGAGGGUUGAAAGCACUCACACUCAUCCGAAUUUCAGGGUUAUUCACAGCGAUGCUGAGAAGGGGAGCGUGUCAAGCAUAGACUCUAACCAGGACUCUUUAGAAGAGUGGUCUGGCACGGUUACUGUUAACGGGAAGUAUUUCUUUCUGGAAGUGUUUGACGCGCGAUGCAACGAAGCCUUCGACAACAUCAGACCCGACGUUUAUGCCGACACGGACAUUUUCCUGGUUUGUUUUUCGGUGGUUCGCGCGACGUCCUGGGACAAUGUCUUGAGCAAGUGGAUACCGGAAAUCCAAGAGUUCCGCCCCAUUACUCCGUUUAUAUUAGUUGGAACGCACACGGAAUGGCGUGAGCUCUGGGAUGAAAAAGAUCCUUCGAGGAAACCGGUUUAUUCAGUUACAGGAACCGGUUAUGCCCAGCAAGUUGGCGCCGUCAGGUACUUGGAGUUUUCGACUUGUGACAAUGAGGUGCGACAGAUAUUUGACGCGGCUAUUCUUGUGAGCGCCAUGGACCGCAUGGAACUCUCUGCGUUCAGCCCAGAUUUCGACAAAGAGGGAUCAACUCUGCUUCAUCGCGCUGCCAGACGAAAUCACAUCCCUUCGCUGGAAGCCCUUGUCGAUUCCAUUGACGUGACAGCUAAAGACAAAGAGUUCAAUACCGCUUUAGAUGCUGCUCUAAAAGGGAACAACUUGCAGGCGGUGCGCUUUCUCCUGGAAAGCGGAUGCGAAAUGCCCACCCCACCCGAACCGUGGAAGAAAGUCUGUGAGUUCUGGGUCAACGAUAGCGAGGAUUCAGAUCGUGUUGUGAAUAGUGAAAUUACUGAAUUUACCCGACAGUUGACCUUUUUUUACACUUCUGCUUCGCCACGCCCGCUUGCUAGAAUUCUUCUGAUUGGUCAGAACGGGACCGAUGUUGCCAAGUUUGUGAACGAGACCGUGCCUAUGUUGCCAGUGCGAUCGCUUACCAUUGUUAACACUGAGGGACUUGCGCUCUUUGAUUUCUCACAAGUGCAACACUGCUUGGAGUCUUUAACCAUCACCAAUUGUGAUUUCGGCGGCAUUGAGUUACCAGGGACAAUUUAUUCGAUAACGAGCCUGCUGAGUUUGUGUGUCGUUAAGUGCGGCCUGUCACGUUUGUCUGAACGUCUGGGCGAUUUGAAAAGCUUGCAUCGUUUACGUCUUAGUGGAAACAAGAUUAAGAAACUUCCCGAUACGAUUUCCAGGUUGCAGAAAUUGAGGCAUGCGCACUGUGAUCGAAACGUGCUGGACAAUUUGCCAGACACUCUCGGCUGCUUGGGCUCGCUCGAGACCCUGAAUAUAAGCCACAACAAAUUAGAGAAGUUGUCCCCUUCGCUGGGUCUAUUGACUAAGCUGCAAAAUCUCUGGUUCACGAGAAAUCGACUGAAGUUUCCUCCCACCCACAUUCUCAAUAAGGGAACUGAAAGCAUUUUAGAGUUUCUUAGCGAUUUCUUAGAUGAUCCUGUUUCCAACAGCCAGAUCAAAAUGGUGGUCGUGGGAGAAAGCAGCGUUGGUAAAACUGCUGUUAUAAAGGCUCUUCACCACAAUAGAGACUGGCGAAUCGGCGGUGUUGGUGAACUCGACAGAACGGAAGGGGUGGAAAUCUCGUCUAUUGACCUGAUGCUUCUGAAGCUGAAAGUUUUUGAUUUAGCUGGAGACGAAGCCCUGUUCAGUUCGCAUCAGCUCUUCUUGUCAGAGAACACUCUCUAUCAAGUUGUUUUCGACAUGAGCGCGUUCACAGUGAGCAAGACGUCGUUGUCGAUUUAUCAGCUUGGAAGAGUAGAACUUUGGCUGCAAGUAAUUUACUCCAGAGCUCCAAAUUCACACGUUGUUCUCAUAGGUACGCAUGCUGACCACCCAAAUCUCACAGAUGAAAUCCGUGGGCGCAUCCGUGAAGACAUUGAGAUGCUCCUGAGUAAGUAUCGUCGAGAACACAAACGCCAGUUCGAAGGAGAAGCAGUGCCUCAGUGCGGCCUUUGUGAGGGUACCCUUGUUUGUGAGGGCUUUGGUGGCUCAACGUUUUACGUCCAGGAGAAAGAACUUCCUCGUGCUUCUGCUGUCGCUCCAGAACCCUGCGUUCCACACGUUGUGGGUUACUACGAGGUGAGCUGCCAGGCCCAGUUUCCAAAGAAUUUCCUGAGUUCCAAGAAUGGAAGCCUGCAGAAACUCAAGGUGGGAGUGGGUUCCAGUGCGCAUGUUCUCCUCAACACCAAGGUCAGUUCACGAAUCCCGCAAAAAUGCCUUUACGUCAGGGAUCGCAUCCAGGAGAUGUGCAACGCGGACAGCGAGCUUAAGAAAUGGCCGCUGCUGACAUAUGAGCGUCUACGCGAGAUCGCUAACGGCUGUGGAGUCAAUCAAGACUUCAAGCUCAAGGCUCUCAUGACCUACUUUCAUUCUCAAGGAGAGAUUCUAUGGUACGAAGACAUGCCUGGUAUCGGUGACGUCAUCUUCGUCGAUCCUUCGUGGCUGUCGAAACAGAUGUGUCUCCUCGUCAGGUCGCACGCGGGUGCGAGCUCGGGUUUGGACGGAAUACUUCGGAUUGACAACCUGGCCAAGACAUGGCCUGGAGUACCCGAAGGGCAACGUUUUUCAAUGCUGACCUUGUUCAGGAAUCUGGGAUUAUGUGUCCCCUUGUCGGAAACCGAAGACCUUGUUCCCUUUCAGUUGCCUAUUGGUCGUCCAGACAAGGACUUGUGGCCCCCACAACCGUCGGAAGACGAUCGGCAGAUAAGCUCGGAAUUUCAUUUCGGCUUUCUUCCUCCGACGUUCUUCAGUGACCUUACAGUAGCUAUCAACAGACGAAGCCUGCCGAACAGCAUGGAGAUAGAGCCGACCUUCUACCGCUUCCACAUGGUGUUUGCCACCACAUACUUAGCCAGCAUGGGGUGUUCUCUCCACUGUAAAGAGAUGACUGCUCACCCUUUAGCAGAGAACAAUGUCGUGCAUCGGGUCAGCAUCGAAGCUGUCCCAUUUGAGCACAAGCUGAAGGUAAUAAUUCGGGGAUCCCUCCCUUGCUGUGUUCUACCAGACAUAAGAGCUGCAAUCAAGAUGGUUGUGGACACACGCUAUCCUGGAACACGCUACAUAAGGCGGAUAGUUUGCCCCGCGUGUGAACGCUCCGGGUUUCAGACCUCUGCUCUUCUAAGCAACUUCUUUAGUGAGGGUGAGAAUUUCUGCUCGUGGGGUCACCCACUUGGUAGAGAGGCCGAUAUUUUAGCUGGCGAUCCUCCUGCUGUUCGACCUGCUCCAAUGCUUCCGCCUAAAACAAAAGGAGAGGUGAGACUGGGGGUGUUUUUCGACGAGGCUGGAGGAGUACUUGAAGACCGCUACUGCCCUAGACUCCUUGCUGUGUUUCCAAUCGGCUUUCAAAGCGCACCGUUCAAAAACCGCCUUCUUGUGAACUCACCGCUACGAGACGGUUACGCGGUGCACUUUCUUUGCGAAUGUCCCGGAUACUGGCACUUAACAGAGGGCCCAGGGUUUCGCAUUCCCAACAUCCAAGAAUUUUUGGAGGUCUUCGGUGGUCGUGCGUGCAAGCUCUUAAAACUGGCUUUCAUGCUACGAGAGAAUGACCCUGGAAGUGGGUCUGAUAUGUCACGCGUCCCUGUCAAAAUCGUGUUGGGUGACAUACCGAAAUUUCGCGACAUCCUGAUAACGGACAUACAGUAUCUUCUUGAGCAUUACUUCGUGGAGUUCCCUGACCUAAGGAACACCUGCACCAGUUUCCUGCAAGACGACUUAAAAUAUCUCCAGAGCUACGAAGCGCUAAGCCGAGGCAAGAUGUGCAAAUUGCUGGAAAUUUCGCCGGAUUGGUGGAGGGUCGGCCCACUCGUCUGUACUAUCAACAAGCGAACGAAGGAACAUCUUUGGCUGUGCGAAAAACAUACGGUGUGAAGAGGAAUAGAAACUCUUGCCCUUAUGAAUUCAAGUUUUGUAAGUUUAACCGUUGAAGAAAUCAAAGCUGAAGGCAAGAGCAGUUGUCAGAGGAACACGAGACACUUGAGUAAGGAAACUCAUAUCAGUUCUCACACCAGGGCUGGGUAAGAAACAAAGAUUUUCGACGUCCCUAAAUCCGUCUAGAGAAAGGUUGCGUUGUCGGAGAUCUGUAUGGAAGACUCUCGCAAUGGAUAUUUGACAAAAUACUUGUCCCUGGGGGUGAAUACUCCCUAUAAUGGCCUAUACGGGGAGGCUCCGCUCGAAAGGGGUACCUAUUUCAGCCUUCACGUGUAUGAAAGGGUAGGGUUUCUGUGAAGUUAAAGUAUAUGAAAGGGUAGAAAAAAAUCUGUCAUUUUGGUCUGUAAAAUGAUCUAUAAUGGUUAAAAAUGGAUCUUAUGGCUUUGAAAAAGUCGAGAAAAUAUUCUAGUUUUGUUAUUUAGUCAUAUUUUAAAGAAAGCGCACUUACAGCAGUUAAAAGGGAUGCAGAGUUCUAAACUAGGUAUGAGGGGUGAGGAUCGGGACCUCGGGGCGGAGCCUCCCCAUACCCCAUAUAUAACUUUGUUGAGUACACCCCCCUAGACACUUGUUUGAAUAGUAACAGUACGAUGAAGUAAUCGACUUAUGAACAUUGUGUGUAUGCAUCAACAGAACAUUUGCCCACUUGAACUGGCCAAUUUCCACUGAGAUUGGUAGAGAAGCUUGCUCAGCGUAAGAAAAUUUUGCGUACCAGUUGGUGAUAGGUCAGUUACAGUGGGUAAAUUCCGGGUGUUCACAAAGUAUUUAAGUCCCACACUGAAUAGUUACUUUUUUGUUGGCCUAUGUAAGGGGUUCAAAAGUUUAAGGCGUGUUCGAUUGAACUUGUUCCGGAAUAAGAAUGGAAGGAAUCAACUCGAAAAAUCACUCAUUUUGGCGUUCAUUGCUUUGCAGAAAGAAAUCUGCUUGAAUCAAAAUAUCUAAAUUAAAUGGUCCAAAUGUCACGAUACAAGAGAUUUGCAGCAAAAUUUUGGUAUAUUCUUAUUUCGGAAUGCAACAAGUCGAACGCACCAUUAAAUAGUUUAAAACGGACUAUAACAUUCUCGUCCUCAGAGCUACUCGGCUUAAUUUUUAACAAACGACCUCGUGACCAAACGAAAGGAGGAGGCUGUGAUGACGAGAAUACAUGUGAGAGUGAAAACUAAAAGGAAAAUCAGAAUUUCUUACCGUUUUGCGUUCUUGUUUGUUAGUUUUCUUUCUCUUCUCCCCCCUCUUACAGUCUAGCAUUAGUUACUUUUCUCUAGAUCGCUUUUUUCACGCAGCUGUAAUUUGUAAUGUGGGGGCAUGAAUGACUUCAGUACUGGACGCGAGAUUCAAUCUUAAAUCUUUCGUGUCUUUUUAAAAUAUUUGCACUGUUGGAAUGGCCGCAGACAUAAUUUUAGGGCUUUUCCCUUGACGUUUAUUUAAAGGAAUCACUGCUUUAAUUGAAUAUUUUUGAAACGCCCUUGUCAGGUAGCGUUUUGUUUUCAAUUAUGAAAAAUCAUGUACCUGUACUUAAUUGAAAUUUUCUUGGUAAUAUAGUUUAGAGCUAGAUUUACAAAUUAUAUUUGUACAGGUGACCCAAAAGUAUUUUUGCAGGAAGUUGUAAUUGUUCUCAUCAAACGAUCAAAAGAGUUUACAGUCGAAACAUGUAGGGUUCGACUCUAGCAGGAACGGAUCAAUAGCUUGAGUCAGGGGGAGAUACUUUCUUAUCGGGGGGAAAGCUGUCGACCCCGUGUGGCUCUGUUUUUGGCCAAUAUAGAUACACAGGUGACCCGAAAGAAUUUUUGUAGGAAGUUGUUAUUGUUCUCAUCAAACGAUCCAAAGUCUUUUCAGUCGAAACAUGUGGCGAACCAUGUAGGGUUCGACUCUAGCAGGAACGGAUCAAUAGCUUGAGUCAGGGGGAGAUACUUUCUUACCGGAGGGGAAACUGUCGACCCCGUGUGGCUCUGUUUUGGGCCAAUAUAGGUUGGGUAGAGGCGGAGCCCCUUACCCUGGGUACCAGAGGUUUUUCUCGCGUGCGGCGGGAAUUUUCGGUGUUGGCCAAAGCCGCGAGAAAAACUGUUCGCGCGGGUCACUAUAAAGACUUGACAGAAACGGGAAACCGCGUUAGAAAAGUCUCUGGCACCCAGGGUAGAGCCCACUUCCCUUAAUCCCGCGCCAAUGUCAAUAAAAGCGUCUAUAGUUUUUAGGUAGUGAGUGUUUAAAGGUUGGGAUCAAGAGAAUUGCCCAGGUAACAGCGAUGUUACCCUACUACAGAGACUUAAGACAGUUUUAUUUUUGGUCAAGGAGAACAAUAAGCAAUUGUAAUAAAUGAUACAGCUUUUCAAGUGCUGUUUCCAGUUGCUUUUACUUUUAAGACACUGAACUUGUUGUACGUUUACCCCGGAUACCAGAAUUUUUUUUCCCUCGCGUGCGGCGGGAUGCCUCGGUGUCGAGCACAGGUCAACAAAUCCUCGGCCGAAGGCCUGAGCCACGAGAAGACUCGACCGAAACCUCAAACCGCGUAUGAAAAGACUCUUGCAACCAGGGUAUCGCAAACUUAGGGUUGCCACGAAAAAUUUCCUUCCUUCAGCGUGCGUCUUGAUUAGUUUAAGUUUCAAGGGAAAAUGUAGUUUUGCAGUCGUUAAAUUUUUAUGGUUGAGGCGGUUGUAGACUCCCUGUGCAAAAUUACACUUUUGCGGUUCAUUAUCGCAAAGCUAUAUUUUUUCUUCCGUGAAAGAACGUCAAAAAACCACCUGAGGGGCCAAUCACAUUUCGAGGUAAUCACUUACAAAGGGCGGCAAGCGCGAGCGAAACCAGCGCGCGAGACCCUCACGCUGGAAAACGGCGCAGUUGUUUAGUGCGCGAGUUUCCGAGUUCGACUUGUUUCAACUUCUUUUCUUUCUGUGCAGCUUUAAUUAGCUUUAAAUACCCUGAAAGCGGAGCAUUGAUGGAGAGAGGAGUUUGGGGGGCGGGGGGGAGGGGGUAAAAUGAACCUACCGUCGAACUCAAUUUUAUCAGCUGAAUUACUGUCACGAGUUGUCUACGCAAAAUAAUAUAGUUGUUUUACCUUUUUUUACAUUUCUCUCCUCACGCUCUGGGCAAAACGAGAGCGAACAAACUGGCGAUGAGAGGCGACGCUUACAUUUAACCGACCAUUAUAAGUGAGCACAAGGGCUUAAAGAAUAUUUAUAGUGAACAACCAUAAUUGAAGUCAAGCUAUUUCUAAGAUUAAGAGACGCAUGUAGGCGUGGCUUGCAUAAGAAUUAUGUUAUCGCAACCCUCUCUUUAAAAUAGUGUCGAUUUAGUUGUUUCACACUUUUGUUACUUGAAAUCAAAUUCCCUUAGCGCACGCUGGAGCGUUAUAAUAAAUCCCAUAUUGCAUUACUGCAUGAGAAAUGAAAUUAAAAAUGCUAUAUAGUUGUUUGACCCGGGAAUUUUGGAAGCUUAGAACAACGCAAGUGAAGGCUAGCUUGUUUCAAGUAUAUACAUAUACAGAAGUGAAAAUGAGAAUGCUUGCUCAAGAAUCAGUUGAAUUAAUACCCAGAGUCGAUAUCAACGACGUUAAAGUCAUUCGCCUUUUAGGUUCGGGUGGAUUCGGGUCCGUUUUUGAAGCGAUUCACAACAACUGCAAAGUCGCUCUGAAGAAAUUUCACACCAACACUCGCAACAAGAAGGCUGCGAUGCAAAGCUUCGAAGCAGAAAUGCACCACGAGGUUUUGUCUCUAAAACACCCGAAUAUCGUCAAGGUUUUGGCUGCGAACGUUGCGUCAAGUCUGGAAGACCAGCCAUGUAUAAUUAUGGAGUUUGUUAGUACCAGAAAUCUGCAGCAUGUUAUUGACGAUGCUGAGGAAAAGAUCGAUUUCAAACGGCGUGUAAAAUUUGCAUACGAGGUGGCCAUCGCUUUGGAAUACGUGCACGAGAAUAACAUUGCACACCUCGACCUCAAACCGGCUAACGUGCUUGUAACGCAAGAAGGAAACUGCAAACUCGCAGACUUUGGUUGCUGCCAGAUAAUUCAAGAACGACCGAACACGCCGUCCAGAUCAUACCUCACCGGCACAUUUGCGUACAGAGCCCCGGAACUUCUGAAAGGAGAAAGCCCAUCGUUCAAAGCAGAUGUGUUCUCUUUCGGAAUAUGUCUGUGGCAGUUUUGGACACGGGAGAUUCCCUACAAAUUACAAAAUCAUCAAAUUGUCAUUUUCCGUGUAGUAGCCUGUAAUCUACGACCUGAGAUCCCCGAAGGAAAUGACGUGGAUAACCGGUAUAGGGAACUGAUGACGUCAUCGUGGUCU